AAUUGGACGAGAGAGGGCGUUAUUGUUUCGGUCGUUAAUUAUUUUGCAUACUCGCUGCGCUGAAUUUAACAAAAUGCCCGAAGUAAUAAAGAUACCCAGUGAUCAGGAACUCAAUGUACCUGUGCUUCCUUUAACAUCAUCAGCGUUAAGAAGUGGUGCUCAUCAUCUCGCAAGACAAUGUGAUAAGCCAAACAAGGAAUUUAUACUUUGCAAGGAAGAAGAGAAAGAUCCCAGAAAAUGUCUCAAGGAGGGUCGAAUGGUGACAGAGUGUGCCUUCAACUUCUUCAAGCAGAUCCAGACAUCUUGCAAUGAAUCUUUUACUGACUAUUGGACUUGUCUAGACUACAAUGAGCAAAAGUUUCCAAGAUGCCGCAAAACCCAGGCAAAGUUUGACAAAUGUGUUCUAGACAAUCUAGGCUGGAUUCGACCUGAGCUUGGAGAAAUCAACAAGGUUACCGUUGUAAAGACUGACAGACCACUGCCAGAGCCUAUGCCAAGGCACAAGCCAGAACCAACCUAUCUGCCUGAAAUUGAACCAGGCAGUACGCCAGCUCCUAAGCAUGGGUCCAGAUGGUUUUUCUGGUGGUGAAAACAAAUUUUCUUCAUAGGUUUGAAUUUGUGUGUUUUACAUACAUUUAUCUGUUUCUCUAACAUUCAUAACAUUUUGUGCUAUGAACUAUAUUUAGAUUUAGAGACUUACCACAGGGAUUAUUUGAGAAUGUCACUAUUGUUACACAUAAUUAUAUAGUUGAUAUACCCUUACAUGGCAUACUUUUAUUUCUCACCUUUAGUGCCCUGCAAGAGCAAAAUAGUUGCUUCAAAUUUAACACUAAGUGAAAUGUCAUCAAGCUCUAAACUUUCUCAUUAAUAAAUCUUGAGUUUGCAUGCUUGUUACAAAUUUUAGGGAAAUUAUAUUUUGGCGUGAUUUUCCGAGUUUAUUUUGAAGUGCACAAUGAACCCUUUUAAAAUGCUCCAAAAAAUAAGAAACAUAAUUUUUGACAAACUUGUAGUUUGGAGUGCAAGUGGAGAUUAUAAUGAUUAGUCAGAAUGAUCAACUUUACAUAAAUUUAUUGUUAAAUGUUACCAAAAAUAUUUUGAGAUUUGUUCAAGUGCGUCAUGUACUCAUGUUUAUAGAGAACACUCGGCUGAAUUUGUGCCCAAAUUCCGGAUGCCACCUUUUAAAAAAAAAUUGGACUAAAUUUCAUGACACUGAAAUUGGUUCACCAGCAAGCAUGAUUAAGGUCAAGGUACCAGUAUUUAAGGGAAUACAUUUUAAUGUUCUUAACAAAGAGGUUUGCCGGUCAAGAAUACAUAUAAGUCUGUCACGUAAGGGUACUCCACUCAAUAUGUUAUUAACCCUAACCCCCUAGUACUUCCUCAGGACUACCCUGCUAAAUCCAACAGAGUCCAACCGGACUUUCCUGUUCAAUCCACUGUGCCUCAUUUUCAGUUGUUUGCUGAAUCCAAUGGAGUCCAACAAUGCGUUAUAAUGCAGUUCAGUUGCCUGCUUGAAUCCAACAUUUUGCAUGAGGAAGGUACACAAGGGGUUAACUGCUCAAUCCAACAGGCUCCAUCAGGUAUGUGACAUAGUUGGAUCCUGUUGGCUUCAGCAGGGUUAUAUGGUUUGAAUAACCACAAACCUCGCGUGAGCAAUCUAUAACAGAAAAAAUUCCAGCAGAUUGGAAAUCAAACAGUCACAAAAUAACAAAUUUGUACGGGCCUUUUACAUUUAGGAAUGAUGCCAGACAAAAUAGACUAACACUGUAGAUUUCAUGUGUGUAAGUGGUACUCUGUCUAGGAAAUUACUAUAUGCAUAUUGUAUAGAAUAUUGAGUGACACCGGAAGUAUUUCACAUGAAAGAAUGACAUUACAAAGCAAUUUUUUGACCAGCUGUCAAUUUGUUCUUACUGUUUCUCCUGAUUCUUGUAAUGUUUUUGUUAAUUUUUUUCCCUAUUAAAAGCUGGACAAAAGACAAAUAUGUAUUAAAACUAAAGAGCACACAUACCUUCUUAUUUAUUGAUUAUUCUAAUUUCAAAAGUUACUUUUCAAAUGUGUAUAAAGAAGUGGCAAGUUUGAUUUGCUAUUGUUGCGCCUCCAAAAAGAAAAUUGGAAACGGUGAAAGUAGCCAGUGCACUCCCUGUUUUUCUUCCUUCGCUUUUACAUGUAUAAUUAUUUUUGGUUUAAUUAUAGGUUUUUGCUAUUCGAUUUUGCAACUUAUUGUAAUCAGACAGAAUUUUCACUCAAAUUCCCUCCAAAAUGGGCCUUUUUGCCACUGCCUAUACCUGUGCAUUGUUUUCAUACAAUAUGAAAACCAAAAAUUUAAAGGGACACUACGUCCUGGAACAGCCCAAUUGGGUUACAAAACGCGCUUUGAACGAAAUGAUGUUAAUCGGAAAGAACAUUUAAAACUAUGCUUAAAAAAACUGGGCGUUUUUGUGUUAUUCCUGUAUUAUGCGUGCGAGAAUGACUUCAGGGGUCCACUUUUGCGACUCCAAAAAGUCGUGCGACUUCAAAAAGUCGAGCUGUUUGUGACGUGCUAGUUGUGAUUAAAGUGUUCGCCUUUUGCGGACGUGUAAGAAACCACA